CUUAGAAUGACACCCGCUCAUAUUGAUAUAGACGCACCUAGCAAAUCAUCACCUCAGGAUUUUUCGUUUUCGUGUAUCUGACCGUUUUGUCCAUUGAGUCGAUGAUCAUGAUGGAGAAAGUAUCCCUUCGAUCUUUGCAUCCGACGAGGGAAGCCCUACAAACAGAACCAACUUACAGCAAGCCAGCUACAAGGCGGCAAAAUCUCGCAUGCACAGCUUGUCGCAGAAAGCGAAGAAAGGUGAAGUGUACCGGCGCACCGCUUUGCCAGUUUUGCGUGGCCUCAAACUCAGUGUGCGUGUUCGAACUACAUAAAGACAAGCGCAGAAAGAUGGCAUUACGACACGCCGAGGGAACCAAGCAACGACUGGAGGAUUUCCUCAAGCGUCUACUCAUAUUCCUUGCAAGCAAAAGUGAUGAAGCGAUUCUCAAAUGGAGGAGAUGCCUUGGCAGUGCUCAGUCGCCUGAGACGAUAUUUGAAAGCUUGAAAGUAGCGAUGGCUGAGGUCCCGAACCUAGUCAACAGUGAUAGGACCUAAGUGAGUAUCUUAUCUUCUUGUUUGCUCCCCUUUCGUGAGCUUCACCGGUGCCCGUUCAUUACGCCGCCGUAGGUUCGGGUCAUGCCAGCGUUGUAAAUCGCUCAAGAGAAAC